AUGGACCCCUCGUCCUCUGCAUGCAACUCGGGGAUGCGGCGUAUGACGUACGCGGAGGCUGCUGCUGGGGCAGCAGCAGGGGAUCCCCAACAACAACUACAGCAGCAGCAGCAGCAACUGCAGCAGCAGCAGCAGCAGCAGCAGCAGCAAUCAACAGGCACAAGUCCAUCUGUAUGUAGUGGUGAUGAUGGUGCUGAUUUACUAAAGACGCGCAGCACAUCUAAUUUCCUAGGAUCAACAGCAGCAGCAGCAGCAGCAGCAGCAGCAGCAGCAGCAGCAGAAGGAGCACCAUCAUCAUCAGCAGCAACAGCAGCAACAGCAGCAGCAGCAGCAGCAGCAGCAGCAAGAAGAGAAAGAGUAGGAGCUAACCCUGGUACAGUUAAACUAUUAAGGGAACAAUUCGAGAGACAAUCAGAUAAAAGUUUGUCUAGUUUGCUGCUGCUGCGCUUAGGCUCAGGGGGCCCCUUUGCUGCUGCUGCUGCAGCAGCAGCAGCAACAACAACAACAAGGACCCCAAGAGGUACAGGAGGAAAUAACAGCAGCAGAACAAUAAGUAAUAGCAGCAACAGCAGCAAUAAUAUAGAUGAUACAGACCAUCAACAGCAGCAGCAGCAGCAGCAGCAGCAGCAAGGAGAAUUGCUGCAGCUAGAUGAACAAUCUUAUGCAGAAUUUAUACAGCAGCUGCUGCAGGAGAAGCAGCAACUGCAGCAGCAAGUAGAUAAUCUAUGGAGCCAGAGGGAGGCCUUUCGUUGCGCUAAUGAGAGAAUGUCUAGGGUCUUGCUGCUUAGGGAGCAGCAGCAGCAGCAGCAGCUGCUGCUGCUACAGCAACAACGAGCAGCAGAAGUUGCUGCUGCAGCAGAAGCAGCAGGAGCUACACCAAGAAAGGGACUCAAUAGGCGUAGUGUUACUGUUGUACCCUCCGGCUGUCUAACAGCAAGAGGGUCCUUGGGGCCCCGUUGGGACGGCGGAGGGGGCCUACUGGGGGCCCCUGAGGGUACACCUAGGAGGGGGGCCCCUAAUGGUACACCUAGGGGGGCCCACUCACCAAGAAAGGACAAACAUCAUAGACAUCUGCAGCAUCCUACCUCCUCAGGUAGGCGCCACCACCAUCACCAUCAGCAGCAGCAGCAGCAGCAGCAGCAGCAACAGCAGCAGCAGCAGCAGCAGCAGCAGCAGCAGAAGCCACGUGCUAUAGGGUUACCAGUAAUAGCCCCUUUAAACUUAGAGGCAGUAAAACAAAAAAAGGAAGAAGAGCAACAGCAGCAAGAGCAGCAGCAGCAGCAGCAGCAGCAGCAGCAGCAGCAGCAGCAGCAGCAGCAGGAUGAAUCUCCAAUAUCCUUAGAUGUAGUAACAGCAUCAUCAGGAGAGGGUACAGAUAUAUCUCCUAGUAGUGGGGCCCCCUAUCUAUGUCCCCCUCGGGGCCCCAAUUCAACAGGGUGUCCCAAUAUAUAUGGGGGCCCCCCACCAUUACCUGGGGGCCCCCCACCAUUACCUGGGGGGCCCCCACUACCACGAUUAGGCCUAAUUAAGGGUACUAGAGGGGGAUGGGAGACAUGCAGGGCCUCGUUAGCAACAACAGCACUAAGGACACCAAGGAGACAAUUCUAUGACGGAGGAAUUACCUCUAGGGCCUGUAUAGGGGAAUGGGAGAGGAGAGGGGCCCACAUACUGCAGCAGCAGCAGCAGCAGCAGCAGCAGCAACUGCAGCAACUGCAGCAGCAGCAACAACUGCAGCAGCAUAUGGCUAUUGAGGAAGCUUUUGUUGCUUCCUUACGAUCUAUGAAUAUGUUACAUAAUAUACAUAAUGAUGCUAGUGGUGGUAUAAAUAGCAGCAGCAGCAGCAGCAGCAGAGCAGCAGCAGCAGCAGCAGCCAAAGGUGCUGCUGCAGGAGGAGUUGGGGCAACAUGGGACUUUAUACCUGAUGCACCAUUUAACCGCAGCAGCAGCAGCAGCAGCAGCAGCAGCAGCAGCAGCGACAGAGGGUACUGGCACUCAACCUAUGUAUGUGUAUUAAAGGUAGAGGGUACAGAUUUCUUCCUUGAUGUCCUGCAUAAUAGAGAGCAGCAGCAGCAGCAGCAGCAGCAGCAGCAGCAGCAGGAACUGCAGCAGCAAAGAAGAAGCAAUGCUAGUAGCUUCCUUAGUGGUACUGCAGCAGCAGCAGCAGCAGCAGCAGAUGCAGCAGCAGCAACACAAGGAGCUGUAUUAGAUGGUGCAAGAGUUAUAGCAUCUAAGGAAACUGCAGAUACAACAGCAGCUGCAGCAGCAAGGGGAGGAAAAACAGAACUUUCUGGUCAUAGUUCUAUGUCUGUAGGCAAUAUACAACAAGACAAACAGCAACUGCAGCAGCAGCAGCAGCAGCAGCAGCAGCAGCAGCAGCAGGAUGAAGAAGAAGCAGCAGCAGCAGAAGGAGAAGAAGGACCAUGGAGCGGAUGGGACUCUAUUGCCUUUUUAUAUUUACGUAGUAUAGAUGCAGGUGUAAUAAGCAGCAGCAGCAGCAGCA